AUGGCCGAACAAUUGAUCCUCAAGGGCACUCUCGAGGGCCACAAUGGCUGGGUCACCAGCCUGGCUACCUCCAUGGAGAACCCCAACAUGCUGCUCUCCGCCAGCCGAGACAAGACUCUGAUCAUCUGGAAUCUUACCCGUGACGAGACCCAAUACGGUUACCCCAAGCGAUCCCUCAAGGGUCACUCUCACAUCGUCUCUGACUGCGUCAUCUCCUCCGACGGCGCCUACGCUCUGUCUGCCUCUUGGGACAAGACUCUGCGUCUCUGGGAGCUCGCCACCGGUACCACCACCCGCCGAUUCGUUGGCCACAACAAGGACGUUCUUUCCGUCUCUUUCUCUGCCGACAACCGACAGAUCGUCUCCGGAUCCCGCGAUAACUCUAUCAAGCUCUGGAACACCCUCGGAGACUGCAAGUACACCAUCACCGACAACGGCCACACUGAGUGGGUUUCUUGCGUCCGCUUCAGCCCUAACCCCCAGAACCCCGUCAUUGUCUCCUCCGGCUGGGACAAGCUCGUCAAGGUAUGGGAGCUCAGCACCUGCAAGAUCCAGACUGACCACAUUGGCCACACUGGCUACAUCAACACCGUCACCAUCUCACCCGACGGCUCUCUCUGCGCCUCCGGUGGCAAGGACGGUACCACCAUGCUCUGGGACCUCAACGAGUCCAAGCACCUCUACUCCCUGAACGCCAACGACGAGAUCCACGCCCUCGUCUUCUCCCCCAACCGCUACUGGCUCUGCGCUGCUACCUCCAGCAGCAUCAUCAUCUUCGAUCUUGAGAAGAAGUCCAGGGUUGAUGAGCUUAAGCCCGAGUUCGCCUCCACCUCUACUGGCAACAAGAAGAGCCGGGAGCCCGAGUGUGUUUCUCUGGCCUGGUCUGCUGAUGGCCAGACCCUGUUCGCCGGUUACACCGACAACAUCAUCCGUGCUUGGGGUGUCAUGUCCAGGGCAUAA